AUGUAUCUAAAGGAGCUACGAUGCCAUUUUCCUUUGCCAGGGUUCAUUGACCUGCCCGCCUCUGUGGACGUUUUGGAAAACACUGUUCCCAGGAAGGUUGUAGUGGAGUUUAAGAUUGAGAGCUCUGAUCCUCGUCCUGAAGUGCGGAUCCUCUCCAUCACCCCUUUUUCUUCCGUCUUCGAGACUCCAGCAGUUAACCCCACAAACGCCUCUAACAUCUUCACCGUUCAGAUGGUGUUGAAUGGCUCUGUGGACUUUGAGCAAACCAGGCUCUACAGCUUGAGUCUGGGUAUAGUUCCAGCAGACAGCCCAGUGCUGCGGAGUUUGAACAUACGUGUGAUCAACGUCAAUGACCCACCAGAGUGUGAGCCGCUGUUCCAGCUGCCAGGCGCUGAGGUUCAUAUCCCAGAAGACCAUCCUGUGCACAUGCCAUUUUAUACCGUAUUGGCCAGAGAUCCAGAUAAAAAUGAUACCAUUGCUUUCUCCAUCUGUCGAGUCUUGCCUGAGUCCUCUCGAGGGCAGUUUUAUAUUGAUGGGCGUGGCAGCAUCUCUUCCAACCAAAGCUUUGACUACCAUAAUGGGCCAAGGGCAGAAAACAGUAAAUCCAGAACAUUCUCCAGUCUAGAGUCACGGAACGUCUCCAUCUACGAGAACGGAGGGGCUGAGGAUGUGGUUGCAUCUGUUCGGGCAAACUCCGUCACCUCCAACGUGCUCUACGCUUUUGUAAAAACACAUCCAGCCUACAAGAUUGGAAGAGAGGACGGUAUCAUCAGAACCGCCUUCAAUCUGGACCUGGAGACGGAUCGAACCUUAACCCAGACUAUCCUGCUGGUUCGAGCACUCAGCCUGUCGGAAGGUCGCAGCGGGACGGCCACCGUCACCAUCAAUGUGCUGGAUGUGAACGAACACCCUCCUUUCUGCUCCCCUCCUGUCUUCGUGUUAACAGUACCAGAGACAACGGAGAUAGGAAGACGUCUGGGAAAAGUCACAUGUUUCGACAUUGACAUCAGCAAGCACAAAGUGUCUCUCACUCUAAUAGAGGACAACAUUUCCCUCUUCAAAUUCCGCCUGAGGGAUGGACAGCUCCAGGUGAAUAACAGUCUGGACUACGACGUCGCAAAUGUUGCCAACAAUAAUUUUCAGUAUGAAGCCACUAUACUGGCUACUGAUGCUGGCAGCCCCUCCCUUACAUCUGAAAUCAGAAUUUUCGUCACAGUGACUCCAGUGAAUGAAUUUGUGCCCCAGCUUGCGGCCCCCUUUGCGCUGCCUGUCCCUGAGAACGCUCGGCGUGGGUCUGUGGUCGGAGUGUUGAAGGCCACGGACGCGGACUGGCCCUUUGACUCUGUACGUUUUUCAAUUCCUGGAGACAACGAUCUACUCGCUGCCGACCCAGCAACAGGGCAGCUCUAUCUAAGGAAAGAGCUAGACUUUGAGGAACAGCACAGGCAUACUGUUACGGUGCAGUUGGUGGACUUCGGCCAGGAUGUUGACAGAACCAACAGUAAGACAGGCGUUGCAGAAAUCACCAUACAAGUUGAGAAUGUGAACGAUAACGCUCCAAUAUGUAACCCAGUUGCCUAUGAGUCCACCAUCUACUCAACCCUGGCAGCUGGAGUCCCCAUUCUCACCCUAAACUGUAACGAUCCAGAUGGAGAUGUUCUUACCACAACCAUUACCAAUGGCGCAGCUGUGGAUCGUUUCCAGAUGAACGAUCUGAGUUUGUCAUCCAAAAAUAUGUUCUCCUAUGUUCCUGACGGUGUAUACGAUGACAGCAUGUUUGUGGUGACCAUUGAAGUAUCUGAUGGGAAAUACAGUGCAAAUGCUGUGGCUUACAUUACUGUAGUGCCCUGGACAACCACAGUUCCUACCACUACCACCAAAACCACGAGAAGACCACCACAAGUCGUCACCAUGGUUACAGAAUUCUGGGAUCCAGAGCUGUGGUUUGUGGUUGUUCUUACUGUAACUGGAGCUCUGCUGUUGUUUGCCUUGGGUCUGCUAACGUGGGCUAUACUCCUGCGUGCAGAGACUGAGAAACACGCCAUGACAGAUCAUCAGCCAGCGUCUCCACACAGUGACCAGAGGUUUGAUGGGAAAGCACAAGACCCAGGUAAGAACCGUGUGAAACAGUCUUCAUCAUUUUCACUAGCAGUGUCGUAA